CAAGCUACACCUCACUCCUCAGUCCUCACCGCCCUCUAACAAAUACUACUACAACAAGACAAAAAACAGCACAAAUCAAAUCCAUCAUCGUCGUCAGCAGACGAAAGUCGGAAGUGAACUCCACACUGACGCAGACCGUAUCCUUCGAUUUUUUUUUUUCCAUACAGAAAAAAACCAGAGCCUCCCAAUUCGACCUCUCGUCCUUUUUAUCCCCACAUCCUCCCUUCACUCCACACAUUUUCCUCAUCCCCACAAUCCCAUUUCUCUCCACAUCCCCCUUUGCCAUUUACAGCCAGCAAUCUUGGGUUCGUUGGUUGUGAAUAUUGAGAAGAAGAGCUGAUGUCUUCAGUGCAGUCAGUUGUGGGGCGACCUGACGUCGUCCCACGACUGCUUUACUCCAGUUCUAAUGCAAGGGACUUGGUUUUUGUUGAUUUUGUUGGACUGGGGUGUAAGUUCAGAAGGUCUCGCCGGAAACUUGGAGUUUCGUCCACUACCCCUUCGACACGUGGUCUGUUAGGACGAAAUAAUUGGUCUUCGUCUUCUAUCCGGGCUGUUCUUGAUCUUGAACGCACUGGUACUUCCUCUUCUAAAGUACCCUCCCAUUCUGAUGAUGAUUCAAAGCCCAAGGUUGCAAAUUUGGAGGAUAUAAUAUCAGAAAGAGGGGCAUGUGGAGUUGGAUUUAUUGCAAAUUUGGAAAAUAAAGCAUCACACGACAUAAUUAAGGAUGCUCUUACUGCCCUCGGCUGUAUGGAACAUCGUGGAGGUUGUGGAGCAGAUAAUGAUUCCGGUGAUGGUUCUGGAGUGAUGACAUCUAUUCCUUGGGAUUUUUUUAAUGAUUGGGCUGUCAAGCAGGGGAUUGCUGCAUUUGAUACGUUGCACACAGGUGUUGGAAUGAUUUUUCUUCCCCAGGAUGAUGAAUUAAUGAAAGAAGCUAAAACAGUUGUUGAGAAUAUUUUUAAACAAGAGGGUCUUGAAGUGCUUGGAUGGAGGCAAGUCCCAGUAGAUACUUCUAUAGUCGGCUUUUAUGCUAGACAAACCUUGCCCAACAUACAGCAGGUUUUUGUUAGAAUUGGUAAAGAAGAGAAUGCUGAUGACAUUGAAAGAGAACUCUACAUCUGUCGUAAAUUGAUCGAAAGAGCAGUGAACUCUGAAAUCUGGGGAAAUGAGCUUUACUUCUGCUCAUUGUCCAACCAAACCAUAGUUUACAAGGGAAUGUUGCGGUCAGAAGUUCUUGGGAGAUUUUAUUUUGACCUGCAGAAUGAUCUUUAUAAAUCACCAUUUGCUAUUUACCACCGGAGAUACAGUACAAACACCAGUCCUAGAUGGCCUCUAGCUCAACCAAUGAGGUUUCUUGGUCACAAUGGAGAGAUCAACACUAUACAGGGAAAUUUGAAUUGGAUGCGAUCUCGGGAAGCCUCAUUGAAGUCUUCUGUUUGGCGUGGUCGCGAGAAUGAAAUUCGUCCUUUUGGGAACCCAAAGGCAUCUGACUCCGCGAAUCUUGAUAGUACAGCAGAGUUGUUGAUAAGAAGUGGUCGUACUCCUGAAGAAGCUCUAAUGGUUCUUGUCCCAGAGGCAUACAAGAACCAUCCUACAUUGUCUAUAAAAUAUCCUGAGGUUGUUGAUUUUUAUGACUACUACAAGGGUCAAAUGGAAGCUUGGGAUGGACCUGCUUUACUUUUAUUUAGUGAUGGGAAAACAGUUGGAGCUUGUCUUGAUCGUAAUGGACUUCGCCCAGCUAGGUAUUGGAGGACAAAAGAUAAUGUUGUCUAUGUUGCAUCUGAGGUUGGUGUUCUUCCAAUCGACGAUUCAAAAGUCAUGAUGAAAGGCCGUUUAGGUCCAGGAAUGAUGAUAGCUGUUGAUCUAAAAAGUGGCCAGGUAUAUGAAAACACAGAAGUUAAAAAACGAGUAGCACUAUCAAAUCCUUAUGGAAAAUGGGUUACUGAGAACCUGCGGUCCUUGAAGCCUGUAAACUUUCUUUCUGCAACAGUUAUGGACAAUGAAGCAAUAUUAAGGCGUCAGCAGGCGUAUGGAUAUUCAAGUGAGGAUGUCCAAAUGGUGAUUGAAACCAUGGCUGCACAAGGAAAGGAGCCCACUUUCUGUAUGGGAGAUGAUAUACCAUUAGCAGUAUUAUCAAGGAAGCCUCAUAUGCUUUAUGAUUACUUUAAACAACGGUUUGCUCAGGUUAGCAACAGUCCUAUAUUUGUUGAGAAUAUUUUUAAACAAGAGGGUCUUGAAGUGCUUGGAUGGAGGCAAGUCCCAGUAGAUACUUCUAUAGUCGGCUUUUAUGCUAGACAAACCUUGCCCAACAUACAGCAGGUUUUUGUUAGAAUUGGUAAAGAAGAGAAUGCUGAUGACAUUGAAAGAGAACUCUACAUCUGUCGUAAAUUGAUCGAAAGAGCAGUGAACUCUGAAAUCUGGGGAAAUGAGCUUUACUUCUGCUCAUUGUCCAACCAAACCAUAGUUUACAAGGGAAUGUUGCGGUCAGAAGUUCUUGGGAGAUUUUAUUUUGACCUGCAGAAUGAUCUUUAUAAAUCACCAUUUGCUAUUUACCACCGGAGAUACAGUACAAACACCAGUCCUAGAUGGCCUCUAGCUCAACCAAUGAGGUUUCUUGGUCACAAUGGAGAGAUCAACACUAUACAGGUCUUGACAGAACUUGAACAAUAUGCUUUUCUUUUCAGCCGUUUAUAUUCCUUUUUCAUAGAUUUCUUUGUGGUUCAUUUUAUUGAUCCAAAAGGCUUUAUACAGGGAAAUUUGAAUUGGAUGCGAUCUCGGGAAGCCUCAUUGAAGUCUUCUGUUUGGCGUGGUCGCGAGAAUGAAAUUCGUCCUUUUGGGAACCCAAAGGCAUCUGACUCGCCGCGAAUCUUGAUAUUGUUGAUAAGAAGUGGUCGUACUCCUGAAGAAGCUCUAAUGGUUCUUGUCCCAGAGGCAUACAAGAACCAUCCUACAUUGUCUAUAAAAUAUCCUGAGGUUGUUGAUUUUUAUGACUACUACAAGGGUCAAAUGGAAGCUUGGGAUGGACCUGCUUUACUUUUAUUUAGUGAUGGGAAAACAGUUGGAGCUUGUCUUGAUCGUAAUGGACUUCGCCCAGCUAGGUAUUGGAGGACAAAAGAUAAUGUUGUCUAUGUUGCAUCUGAGAGAUUUUUCAGCAACAGAGUUUCUGUUGCAAUUGUUAAACUCAUGGAUGCAAUCUUUAUUAGCAGAACGGCUAAUGAAAUUCGAGUGAAUUCUGAAAUAUUUAUUGCUCAAUUUUGUUUUCAGGCUGUUAAAGCUGGUCUCCUCAAAAUCCUCUCCAAAAUGGGCAUCUCAUUGCUAUCAAGUUAUUGUGGUGCACAGAUAUUUGAAGCCUAUGGACUGGGGAAAGAUGUUAUUGAUAUAGCAUUUUGUGGGAGUGUAUCGACUAUUGGUGGCUUAACCCUGGAUGAGCUAGCAAGAGAGACAUUGUCAUUUUGGGUGAAGGCUUUCUCUGAGGAUACAGCGAAAAGACUUGAAAAUUUUGGGUUUAUACAAUUCAGACCAGGAGGGGAGUAUCAUGGCAACAACCCUGAGAUGUCAAAACUGCUUCAUAAAGCUGUCCGACAAAAAAAUGAAAGUGCAUAUUCAGUUUAUCAGCAGCACUUAGUUACCCGACCUGUGAAUGUUCUCCGGGAUCUUCUUGAAUUUAAAAGUGAUCGUCCCCCUAUUCCAGUUGGAAGGGUUGAGCCUGCUUCCUCAAUUGUGCUGCGCUUUUGUACUGGCGGAAUGUCACUUGGAGCUAUUUCUAGGGAAACUCAUGAGGCAAUUGCAAUUGCUAUGAAUAGAUUGGGUGGAAAAUCAAAUUCAGGAGAAGGUGGUGAGGAUCCAAUUCGCUGGAAGCCACUUACGGAUGUCGUUGAUGGGUAUUCUCCAACAUUGCCACACCUUAAAGGUCUUCAAAAUGGUGAUACUGCUACAAGUGCUAUCAAGCAGGUUGCUUCCGGACGCUUUGGUGUUACUCCAACAUUUUUAGUCAAUGCUGAUCAAAUAGAGAUCAAAAUUGCUCAGGGUGCAAAACCUGGUGAAGGUGGGCAAUUGCCAGGAAAAAAAGUUAGCACUUACAUCGCACGAUUAAGAAAUUCUAAACCUGGUGUACCCCUUAUAUCUCCUCCUCCACACCAUGAUAUCUAUUCCAUUGAGGAUCUUGCUCAGUUGAUUUUUGACCUCCAUCAGGUUAACCCGAAGGCUAAAGUGUCAGUAAAGCUAGUAGCAGAAGCUGGCAUUGGCACAGUUGCUUCAGGGGUUGCGAAGGGUAAUGCUGAUAUUAUACAGAUAUCAGGGCAUGAUGGUGGAACAGGAGCUAGCCCUGUAAGCUCAAUUAAGCAUGCAGGUGGUCCUUGGGAACUUGGACUGACUGAAACACACCAGACCCUUAUUGAAAAUGGGCUUAGAGAACGGGUCAUACUCAGAGUUGAUGGUGGCUUCAAAAGUGGAUUUGAUGUUCUUAUGGCUGCAGCUAUGGGAGCUGAUGAGUAUGGAUUUGGUUCUGUGGCUAUGAUUGCAACUGGCUGUGUAAUGGCUCGUAUUUGCCACACAAACAAUUGUCCUGUUGGCGUUGCUAGCCAGAGGGAAGAACUACGAGCUCGUUUCCCUGGUGUGCCUGGUGACCUCGUUAACUACUUUAUCUAUGUUGCUGAAGAGGUAAGAGGCAUGUUGGCACAACUGGGUUAUGAGAAACUGGAUGAUGUUAUUGGGCGCACGGAUCUACUAAGAUCUCGAGAUAUUUCAUUAGUGAAGACACAACAUCUUGAUCUAAGCUAUAUUCUUUCUAAUGUUGGACUACCAAAGUGGAGCAGCACUACCAUUAGGAAUCAAGAUGUUCACAGUAAUGGUCCUGUUCUGGAUGAUAAUUUGCUAUCAGAUCCAGAGAUAUCAGAUGCGAUUCAGAAUGAAAAGGUGGUCCACAAAACCGUCACAAUUUACAAUGUGGACCGUGCUGUUUGUGGCCGUAUUGCAGGAGUAGUUGCAAAGAAAUAUGGUGACACUGGAUUCGCUGGGCAGCUCAAUAUAACGUUUACAGGGAGUGCUGGCCAAUCAUUUGGAUGUUUUCUCACACCUGGAAUGAACAUCAGACUUGCUGGAGAAGCUAAUGAUUAUGUCGGAAAGGGUAUGGCUGGUGGUGAAUUAGUUGUAACUCCUGCUGAGAGUACUGGAUUUUGCCCAGAGGAUGCUACAAUUGUAGGAAAUACCUGUUUGUAUGGGGCCACAGGAGGUCAAGUCUUUGUAAGAGGAAAAGCUGGGGAGCGUUUCGCUGUGAGAAACUCACUUGCUCAAGCUGUUGUAGAAGGUACUGGCGAUCAUUGUUGUGAAUACAUGACUGGGGGUUGUGUGGUGGUGCUUGGCAAGGUUGGUAGAAAUGUUGCGGCUGGUAUGACUGGAGGUCUAGCUUAUAUUCUAGAUGAGGAUGAUACUCUUAUCCCCAAGGUGAACAAAGAAAUUGUGAAGAUCCAGAGAGUGCUUGCUCCUGUUGGCCAGAUGCAGCUUAAGAGUCUUAUUCAGGCCCAUGUUGAGAAAACUGGGAGUAGCAAGGGCUCCUCCAUUCUCAAGGAGUGGGACAAAUAUUUGCCACUCUUUUGGCAGCUAGUUCCACCUAGUGAAGAAGACACUCCUGAGGCUUGUGCAGAGUACGAACAAGUAGCCACUGGACAGGUGACGUUGCAGUCAGCAUAGGCAACAGUGGAGUUAAGUUCAAAUCUGUGGCCUGUUGCAACCAAUCGUCGAAUUGUAAAGGAGAUUAUUUAUGUCUUCUGGCAUCAGAUUCCUAGAGAUGGAAAAAGAUUUAGAACGUUAACGGUCAUCAUCGUCUGAAGCUGGAGGCCUUGAUCUUCAUCGAGCAACCGGUGUUUCAUAACAUGCUUCAGCAGCUGUAUAGUGAUGCUGCGCAUACUUCAGAUGUUAGAUACUGGUUUUUCUGAAUCUUACGAUGGUUGUCUGGACUGGUGCCUGUGACUGGAAAUUUUGGAAUUUGAAACAGCAAAUGUAAAUAUGGCUUUAAAAAGUCCCUUUUGCUGCCCCUUUCUGGCUUUCUCUGAUAUUCCAUGUCUUCCCAAUAAGUUGUAAAUGUUGUCUUGUAUCAUGUAAUUUAUGAUCAAGACUAUAAAUAUUAAACAUAUUCCUUAGACGCAAAA